AUGGAGAUGGACGGAAUGAUGUCCACGUCCUCGGGUCUGUCUUACCACAAUGCCGGGGACUAUUACCCCAGAAAGUUCGGCCCGAAGCCCGACGUGGUGCCGUCCGGGGUCACGGAGAGGAAGGUGGGGCCGCCGGACAAGCCUGACAUGGUGUCGGUGGACGUCAUCAACGUGGACGACUCAGAUGGUCACCUGCACAGGAAGAAGCAUGAACACGACACAUACGUCUUGGGCACCAUUCAUCCAUUCAGGAAGACUCACAGAUCCUUCUUUGGAAAACUUCAUCAAGAAUUUAGACUGGUCACCUCAGAUAGACGGUCGUGGAGGAUCCUGCUGUUCGGGGCUCUCAACCUGCUGUGUACCGGCUGUCUGCUGAUGUGGUGCAGCUCCACCAACAGCAUGGCCUUGACCGCCUACACGUACCUCACCAUCUUUGACCUGUUCAGGUGA